GAGACACCUUCUCUUCUACGCACUGAGGGCUUCUCUGACACCAAGAACAUGCAUGGUUUAUGGAAAGGUGGUGUGCUGCUAAUAGCACUCUAUUUGGCUUCCUAUCAAGCUGCUGCGAGCCCUGUCUCUUUGCAGAAAGAAUGUACAGAGGGUCCAGAAAAACAGUGCCAGGACUUCCCAACGGCCCUGAAGUGUGGGACCUUAGAAUACUGUCAGCAGAUGAUGGGGCUUCACGCUCCCGUGAAAAACCUCAAAUGCGCUCUGUGCAAAUUCGUUGUAUUAAUGAUGGCAAAAAUUGUGCAAGACAAUUCCACCGAUGAAAGGCUUUGUAACCUUUUGGAGAAGGGAUGCCAGUAUCUCCCCUUUGAGGACUGGUCAAUCAAAUGCAAGAAGAUGGUGGACACUGGAGUUGUAAUUCUCAUAGAACUUGGAAAACAAGUACAGGAUAAGCCUGAUAUUGUGUGUGGUGCCUUCAAGCUGUGCAGUCAUCAAGCAACGAGGGAAGGAGCCCUGAAGUUGCACAAGUCUGACCAAAAGCAUGAAAUAUCAGACUUCCCUGAAAUGUUUGCUCCCUUCAUAGCUAACGUGCCUCUUCUCCUCUAUCCUCAAGAUGAGGACCAAGCUGAGGCUCUGAAGGAUGAAAACCCCUGUCAAGAGUGCACAAAUGUGGUUGUUGAGUUGCAAGAAGACCUGAAGAGAAGCCCCUUCCUUGUUCAGUCCUUAAGUGCUUAUGCCAAACAGCUUUGUGAACGCCUGGGGUCAGACGUGGCAGAUGAGUGCAAGAAGUAUGUCUAUGAAUAUGCCCAUGUGUUUGUGCAACUGCUGAUAGACUUAUUGGAUCAGCCACCAAAGAGAAUUUGUGGUGAAAUUGGAUUCUGUGACUCCUCAAAAGCUGAGCCUUUCCAUACUUUGCCAGCUAAUCACCUUCGUGACUCAAACGUACCAGAUGCCAUGGAGAAAACUUCAAAUGAAGAAAAUUCCCACUUCGCUUGUGGUAUAUGUAAGAAAGUGAUCCAGGUAGCAGAAAACAUGGUGGAGAACAAUGCCACAGAAGUGGAAAUAGUUCAUGAAAUUGAAAAUGUUUGCUAUUUGCUUCCCCAUAACCUCUUUGAUGGAUGCAAGGACUUUGUUCACGCCUAUGGACAGGCUGUUGUUAUUAUGCUUUUGGAUGCAGUCAAACCUGAAUCUGUGUGCAUCAUGCUCAGAUGUUGCCCCAGAGGCAUUUCUUUAAGCAGCGAGACUGCAGUGUUUGAGCAAGUACCAAAAUUAACUGAAAGUGAAAUCUGCCAUGUGUGUACACUUGUCGUUAAAUAUGUUGAUGAUGAGCUCGAGAAGAACGAAACGCAGGCACAGAUUGGUUCCAUGCUCGCCAAGGGCUGCCAGUUUCUGCCAGAAGCUUUGGUUUAUCCAUGUGAUGAACUUGUGUCACAGUAUGAACCAGCUGCUGUCCGCCUCCUGAUACAGAUAAUGGAACCAACAUUUGUUUGUAUUAAAAUAGGAGCGUGUCGUUCGUCUCACCUUGUGGGCCAAGAAACCUGUUCCUGGGGUCCUAGCUACUGGUGCACAAAUGCAGAGACCGCAGCACAGUGCCAGGCCACUGAAUACUGCAAGCGCCAUUUAUGGAACUAGAGGAAGCUCUUCCAGGUGGAUGAAGGCUGGUUGUGGUUUUAAUGAAUCCAUCUUGGAAUUUGGCUGGGUGGGGAAACAGUAAAAUGUCUAGAUCUUGGUACAACCCACCUUCCUUUCCCACCUUUCACUUUGCAUGUACUAUAAGUGCCUAUUGGGUAUCUGAGCUGCUCAAAGGGAUGGGGUGGAAAGUUUCCUUGUUUAUAAUGUUCUGAAUCACCAUACAUUUUGUCUUUUGAGCCAUGGUGGAACAGGGACAUGGGAGGGGAAAGAGAAGUUGGGAGGGUGUGAGAUUGAUUUGAGUAUGUAGGAAAACAAGUUUUAUUGUAAUAGUAAGAAAUUACCGUAUGUCCAUGCAGAAUCAUCAUCAUCUCCAUCAAAGUCAUUAUCAUCAGAAUCAUCAUCAAAACAGGCUGUCUGAGCUGGGAAUGUAACAUAGCCAUAAUAGGCUAAAAGUAAAUAUUAAAUUUUGAGUAUGGCCUUGUCUAAUUUGGAGGAGAUGGUGAAAGACUUUUAUUAUAUAAAAAAGGCACCAAUGGUUACAAACUCAGUGGAUGCAAAAUGAAAGGAGCAUCACUGAGGAAACUGACUUCCAUGUAUGUUGUUAAUUUGGCCUUUUAAAAGGCUUUUCCAAGCAUAUCUACAUUAAACAUUUAAACCAC